AUGGCCAAUAAAACCGGAAAUAUUGUGGAACCAGUGCCAUUCGAACCAGGCCUAAUGCUCCACGGCGGCAACCCCCAAGGCUCCGAACUCCCCCCAGAGCUCCUCGCCGCCCGCCACGCCUCCCUCCAAUCCUAUCUCCGCUCAACCCACGCCCUCCUCAGAAAUGGCAGCACAGCCCUGGAAGCCGCCGUUCACGUCAUCUCCCUUCUUGAAGACGAUCCCCUCUUCAACUGCGGCCGCGGCAGCGCCUUCACAGCAGCCGGCACAGUCGAAAUGAAAGCCACAAUAAUGGUGACAAGCCUGCAGCCCGCAGCACGAAACGCAAUCAAUCGCGGCGCAGGUGUGACGGGCGUCCGUAAUGUGCGUCAUCCGAUUCAUCUCGCGCAGGAGGCACUCAAAAGAAUGGCCAUUGCUGGAUCCCCUGUAGAUGAGCUCGGGCAUAUGCAUACUGAGCUGGCUGGUCCGGAAGUGGAGACGCUUGCUCGGGACUGUGGGGUGGAGUUCUGUCCUGAUAAGUGGUUCUUUACACAAAAGAGGUGGGAUGAGCAUAUCGCAGGUUUGGAUGGGGUGAAGGUGCCUAUUUCUUUGGAUGAGGAGAAGGUUCCUAUUUCUUUGGAUCAGAAGAAGGUGCCUGUCUUUGUGGAUCCGACGGCGGAACCUGCUCCCUUGGACCAGGACACUGUUGGUUGUACUUGUGCUGAUCUGUGGGGGAAUUUUGUUGUUGCUACUAGUAGCGGUGGUGUGGUGAAUAGGUUGCCCUGGAAAUUUGACGAUAUGCCUCUCAUAGGGCGUAGGUACUGGAGUAUGGCCUAUACUGCCAUCUCGGAUGAUGGCGAGAGAGUGCUAGAAGAUUCCUCGGUGGGUGGUUUGCUACGCGACGCGACGAAUUGGCUGUGGGAUCGCGUGCCGCGGUUCUGGCGAAGUGAGAUAACUCCUAAUUACUCCCCCUUCCGGGUAAUUUACCUGCCCGACAGCCGGACCCAACGAAUGGGCUCAGUCCUCGUUAUUGUCGAGAAUCUUAUCAGUAUGCGAAUGUGGAUGUCUACGAAUGUUUUUAGACGCUAG